UUUGAGCAAGCUCCGGGAGUUGGUGAUGGACAAGGAAGCCUGGCGUGCUGCAGUCCAUGGGGUUGCAAAGAGUCAGACACAACUGAGUGAGUGAACUGAACUGAUAACAUUUAUAUAGGUACUUGAAGAAAACCUUUAAUAUAAAUGAACUAAAUCCUUUCACUGAUCCCUUUAAAUUUGGUUUGUUUGGGGAAGAGAGGUAGGUAGUUGCACACUGCUAUUUGUAAACUAGCUUUUUUUUUUUUGGUCACAGCAUGCAGCAUCCUAGUUUCCUGACCAGGGAUCAAACCCCUGUUGCCUAUGUUGGGAUCUUGGAGUCUUAACCACUGGACCACCAGGAAGUCCUGAGAAUAGUCAUAUUUAAUUUCCAUGCCUUCUUGCCAAUUCAUCACAGUCCAUUUGUAGUCGUUUUUUGUAUGUCCUGGUAGAGAAUGUUUGUUCCUUCAGGCUCACCAGCAAAAUCAGUUGUUCAGAACUAUUCCUAAGAGUUUGGAGAGAAGAAAGAAUCUUUUUUGUUUGGAUUAUCAAAGUGGUGCUACUUUUGAUUUUACAGUAUGACUAUGGCACAUUAUUACUAAUUGAAUAAUCAUGUCCCCUCUGGGAUACCUUGGAAUAUGUGCCUGUAAGAUAAGUCUGCACAGUUGUUGGAGGCAGCAGGUCAUUAAGAGAGAACAGGCCUCACUAAUGUAGUUCUAUUACUUGUAUUAUUAAGUGGAUCACAUUUAAAUCUAGAAUGAAAAGCUUUCCUAGCUCAACUGCAUUUUAUACAAUAACAUUGCUCCUACAUCAUUGGUAUUAAACUUAUUUGAUCUAUGUACAUUCCAGUUGGUGCAAGAAAUAGUCUAGCAUUGAGUUAACUUAUUGGCAUUACAAGUGUUCUCUGCAGCUGAUUGCUUCUCAUUUGGAGUAAAUUAGUCUUUGUGACCCAGUGGCUUUUAUUUUCACUGCUGUGGGAGUUAUGACUCUUGGCUUCUUGUUUUGUUCCUUUGUUUCAUUAAAAAGUACAUAUAUGUAAAUACAUAAAAGCCAUGCAUAAAUGCAAAUGUAUAUACCAUACUUUUAAUACCAUUAAUACCAUGGUUUUCUUUAAUAAUCUGUUCACAAAGUACCUGGUCUCACUGUAGUGAGGGGAAGUAGGGGAAAUUUAAAAUUUUACGACCUGGAAGUGUGCUUGUCGGCCCCGCAGAUCUGUCUCUUGGUUCAACAGUGCUUGGACGGAACAGACCCAGGGAUGCCCCUUGUUCCAGCCUCCAACUACCCUCCAACCCUUUUUCCAGUCGCAACUUCUGGAAUCAGUCACUCAGCAGUCUGCAAUCACCGGGACCAGCCCCCAUUUUUUAAUUCCUUAUUACCGACCAAUCAUGAGCUCCCAGAUUCGUUAGAAUUAGUCUACUGAAGUGGAGGCCGCCAUCAACCACCUGGUUAACAUGCAGUUGCGGGCCUCCUACACCUACCUCUCUCUGGGCUUCUAUUUCGACCGCGACGAUGUGGCUCUGGAGGGUGUGGGUCACUUUUUUCGUGAAUUGGCCAAGGAGAAGUGCGAGGGCAUGGAGUGUCUCUUGAAACUGCAAAACCAGCGUGGCGGCCGCGCCCUCUUCCUGGACAUGCAGAAGCCAUCUCAAAAUGAGUGGGGUAAAACCCAGGACUCUAUGGAAGCCACCCUUGUUGUAGAGAAGAACCUGAAUCAAGCCCUGUUGGAUCUGCAUGACCUGGCUUCUGCCCAUGGAGACUCCCACAUCUGUGAUUUCCUGGAGAACCACUUCCUAGAUGAGGAAGUGAAACUCAUUAAGAAGAUGGGUGACCAUCUGACCAACCUCCGCAGGCUGGCUGGUCCCCAGGCUGGGUUGGGCGAGUUUCUCUUCCAGAGGCUCACCCCCAAGCACAACUAGCCAAGUUAUUCAGACUCUGUGCUGACAACAACCAGUGUCCUUUGAAGAACCCGCCUAACAUCAGGGCUGCCUGAAGCCCCUCUCUGCAGCCACUAGGCACCUUUUAACAUGCUGGAGUCCUCUCUCAAGCCUUGGACCAAAUGGAAACAAUAAAGCCUUUUGCAGCA